AUGUUUACAGGAGAUGCGCAAACAACUUCAGCAUCACCAACAUCAACACAUAGCCCAGAUCAUCCAAACAACAACUCCAGUAAUAGACGAAGCUUCAGCAAUUCACAAAACAGUGAUCGAGUAGUAAAGUGUACUUUAUGCCAUGAACGCCUUGAAGAUACUCAUUUUGUGCAAUGCCCUUCAGUCUCAGGACAUAAAUUCUGCUUCCCAUGUUCACGUGAAAGUAUUAAAAAACAGGGAAGUGCUCAGGAAGUGUAUUGUCCGUCAGGUGAGAAAUGCCCAUUAGCUGGUUCACAUAUGCCAUGGGCAUUUAUGCAGGGUGAAAUUGCAACCAUAUUGGGCGAUGAUUUUGAACAAUUUAAAAAGGAACGAGAAGCAAAUAAUUCCACUGCU